AUGUCGUCGUGGCUUUCACCUCUUCCGAAAGACCGAAUGGUCAAGUCAAUAAUCACCCCUAUGAAACCACCUGUUAAAAAAAUGAUGUCGAUGAGUAAACUCCAUCCUUUUACGAAGCAGUCAUAUAUUGAUGUUGGGCAACGUGAUUUUGGUAAACACGUGACCUGUUCUACGUGUCAUUUAUUGUAUACUGCUGGAGAAGAGGAGGAUGAGAAGGAGCAUGAAAAAUUUUGCAGACGGAUAAAGCGUGGUGUCACGAUUUCAAAAUGGAAGACAGAACGAACGCUUAAGACGUUUCUAGACACCCGAGAUCGGAUCUUGGAAAUCCGAGGAGAUGAUCCUAGUUUUCAUGUCAAGAAGCUGCUGGAAAUCAAGGCAGUUCUCGAUGAUGCACUAGGGUUUGUCUUGGAAGAGGAGUUCUUGCAACGUAGUCACUUCAUUUAUGUCCAAGAUCAUCGGGUAGUUGGAUGUGUCAAUGUCGAACGUAUUACGGAAGCUUUCACGUUGGACAAGAGUGCGUCAAACAUGGUGAAGAUGAACGAUAAGAGCUCUGUAACAGAAAGAGGUGCUCUCACUGCGUCUACCACUUCACAAUCGGCAGUUGUGGGUAUUUGUCAAAUCUGGGUCCACCCUUCGUUCCGUAGGAGAAGCAUUGCGACCCGAAUGGUCAAUAUUGUCCGGGAGAAGUCAAUCUAUGGUAUGCGAAUAGCCAAGCAUCGUGUUGCCUUUGCACAACCAACACGAAAUGGCCUGCAGUUUGCACAAAAGUACAUGGAACCAUGCGAGGUGCUCAUUUAUUAA